AUGACAAGUUUUCUUGGAAGUAACAAAGGCCUUGUUGACUUUGAUCAACGAAGUUUAGCCAGUAAGUGGGGGAGGGGAGCUUCAGCAAGCUAGCUUCCCAAGCUUACAUCUCUUCCAGUCGCGGCCGCUGCCAUCGCAUUCAAUCCAAUCUUCUGGAAGUAAGUCGCUCGUCUGUAUCAUCGUUCUUGAAUCAAAGCGACUAACCGUCCAUGCAGCACUAUUGCCCGCCAAGGUACAAAUUCUUUGACCUAACCAUAGAUCUCGACCCGACCUAAUAGCACGUAGAAUACCACAACAAACUCCUCACCAAGCUCGCAGGUGGCAAUUCUCGAAAUGCCUGCUACGGUCUCGCAAUUACCAUCUUCUCCCUAGGUAUCUUCCGCGACUUCCUCUACGAACGAGCACUCCGCGCCCAACCUAGCUAUCCCCUCCUCGAAACUGCUCUUGCCCAAUAUGCCGCAUACGGACUCCUCGCCGUGGGAAACACACUGGUGAUUUCUUCCAUGUGGGCACUUGGUGUCACCGGUACAUACUUGGGAGACUACUUUGGGAUCCUGAUGGAUGAGAUGGUUACGGGGUUUCCGUUUAAUGUCUGUAGUGCGCCCAUGUACUAUGGUUCGACCAUGAGCUUCCUGGGCACGGCGGUGCUUUUUGGGAAACCGGCUGGUAUACUUUUGACCGCUGAGGUUUUUGCGGUUUAUCUUAUUGCGCUGAGGUUUGAGGAUCCGUUUACGGGGGCUAUUUAUGCUAAGAGGGCUAAGGCGCAAAAGAAGGGUGGUAAGAAGGAGUUGUGAGUUAAGUGCUGUAUUGGCCAAUGAGGAGGGCAGGUUAGAUGAGGUGAGGUACAGGUGAAGUGUGAAAAGUGUUUUCGAUGAGUGAAGAAAAGUUUGAGUUUUGAAGUGGAAGUUUCAUGGGUCAUGGGCGUACAAAAAAAAGUCUUUCAACAGUUGGCGGCCAUUGCGUAGUCAUCAACUACUAUGCAUUUUGGGCGUUGUAAAAAGGGAAUUAGAAAGAAUAAUGGAGGCAUUGUGGGUGGGUAUCAAGAAAUCAACCAAUCCCAUAAGCACCAAACAGAACGUCUCUUGCCCUCACGCGGUCUUCUUCUCUCCUCACACCUGACCCAUAGCAACUAUAUCUCCGGGUAUACGUCCCUAAAUCCAAUCAGCUCUCUCCAAGCGAGCGUUUCAUAUCACUUACGUUCUCCUUGACAGUGGCAUCUCUGUCUUAAUCUUCUCCUGGUACUCUAAAUCAAUAUCCACGAUCCCAUAUUCUGGUUCUGAUCCUUCUCCGCUCAUCUCCAAGAGGAUUUUACCCCAUGGGUCGACCACGAGAGAAUGUCCGUAACUUGUUCGCUUCAGGUUGUGAGGACCGAUUUGAGCAGCUGCAAUCACAUAUGCCUGCGUCUCAAUGGCUCUUGCUCUCAGUAGUAGGGACCAAUGUGCUAUCCCUGUUUUCACUGUGAAUGCUGAUGGGUAAGCGAUUACCUGCGCGUUUUGACGCUUGAGUGCUAAACUGAUCUCGGGGAACCUUAACUAUUUUAUGUUUUCAUCAGUCACCGGAAACUCAUAAAACUUAAGGGCUUUGAAGCUUUGAAAACUCACAUCUACAAAACGUUAGUAUGAAUACCAAAACUCAACCCAAACAGCAAUUUCCAAAAUGAAAAAUGAAUCAUAAGCAAGAAAGAGUCACAUACCAAAACAAAUCAUCAU